GGUCCCAGCGUGGAGGUGGAGGUGGCGGCGACGCUGAAAUGCUGCGGAGCCCGCGCGCGAGUGCUCAGCACGCAGGAGUUUGCGGUGGCCCCGCAGCCAGAGCUCUGCGGGCUAAGGAGCGGCUGCGGGCGGCGUGCAUGUGCCGGGAAGGCCGGCCCUAGGCUCUGCACUAGGCAAGAGCCUGCCCUCUCUCCGAGGACCUGGCGAGAUCAGGAUUUCCGAUGCAUGCCAGGUUUCCGCUGACUGCCGGAACUGGAGAUCACUCCACAUGGAUCCCCCAAGUCAGCAUGGCAGCCACACUUCGCUAGUGGUGAUUCAGCAGCCACCGGCUCUGGAAGGGCGGCACAGAGUCGACUGUGACAGGGACACUCAGCCUGCUGCCAUUCUGUCCCUGGACCAGAUCAAGGCCAUCAGAGGCAGCAAUGAAUACACAGAGGGGCCUUCAGUGGUGAGAAGACCGCCUCCUCGCACGGCACCAAGACCCGAAAAGCAGGAACGGACUCAUGAAAUCAUACCAGCCAAUGUGAACAACAGCUACGAGCACCGACCUGCCAGCCACUCCGCCAAUGCCAGGGGCUCGGUGUUGAGCAGGUCGACCAGCACCGGAAGCGCAGCCAGUUCAGGGAGCAGCGGCAGCAGCAGCGCCACUUCUGAGCAGGGCCUGUUGGGAAGGUCUCCGCCCACCAGGCCCAUCCCCGGUCAUAGGUCAGAUAGGGUCAUCCGGACCCAACCCAAGCAGCUGCUUGUGGAUGACUUGAAGGGUUCCUUGAAAGAGGACCCCACCCAGCACAAGUUCAUCUGCGAACAGUGUGGCAAGUGCAAGUGUGGAGAGUGUACAGCCCCUCGGGCUCUGCCCUCCUGCCUGGCCUGCAACCGCCAGUGCCUUUGCUCGGCUGAGAGCAUGGUGGAAUAUGGGACCUGCAUGUGCCUGGUCAAGGGCAUCUUCUACCACUGCUCCAAUGAUGACGAUGGGGGCUCUUACUCAGAUAACCCGUGCUCCUGUUCACAGUCCCACUGCUGUUUCCGAUACCUGUGCAUGGGAGCUCUGUCUUUGUGCCUCCCCUGCUUGCUCUGCUACCCUCCCGCCAAGGGCUGCCUGAAGCUGUGCAGGGGUUGUUAUGACUGGACCCACCGCCCUGGCUGCCGGUGUAGAAACUCCAACACUGUCUAUUGUAAGCUGGAGAGCUGUCCCUCCAGGGCUCAGGGCAAGCCGUCAUGAUUUCUGGAGGUGGAUUAGACCUCCCGGAUGUCCAGCUUCCAAACUGUGGCUGUUAAGAAACGUGGUAUUUCUUCCCGUCGGUCUCUGAUGCUCCUCAGUCGGAGUGAACUGUGAAACUGCGCCCAGCUUGCUCCCACCCCACCUCAAGGGUUCUGGGAGCUGGGAGUGCCUCUGGAGCCUUUGUGUGCUGCAUCAGCUUUCCCACUGUGUCUGUGAGGAUGUAUGCACGCCCAGACUUGGCUGAGAGAUGUUUGGGGUCGGGUACUGUGGGAUCAGGGACUUGGUUUGGUUUAUUAAAAAGUAACCAUGUAAGUGCUUAAAUAAGCUAUAUAUUAAUCUGCCUCUGAUGAGAGCUAUCUUAGCCUCCCAUCCCCAAGUCCAAUGGGAGGGUCUACUUCUUAGAACACAGUUCGCUCCGCAACAGCUCACUGCCCUCCCCUUCCAGCCCUCGGAUUCUCCCCACAAUGCACUCUGGAGAUGCCAGUGGGUCAUCCCUCCUUACCACCCCUUUUUGCUCGUAGUUCUGGAUUCACUCUGCAGCGUGGGUCUUCACAUUAGAGAUGAUGUUGGCUAAUCCUUGCCCCACCUCUAGCGCCCCGUCUGUGAAGGACUUCCUUCCCUUCCCACCCCCACUUCACCGAGGGCUGUUGCUAACUGUAGUUGAAAUUCCUGUCUGAUCCGCCCCUGGGCCUCUCAGAGCUACAGCUCCGUAAGGUGCCUUUGGCCUCUGACUGCCCUCUUGACUCUUAACAGCUGGGUAUUUCCAAUCCUUCCUGUGUUUUCAUUGCCUUAACCACAAGUUGUGGUGCUCUUUGUAUAUUAUAUGUAUAAAUCACAAAGUUGAAUCCUGGCUAUUUUUAAGACAAAAGUCUGUUGAACUUUUUUUAUUGUAAAGAAUAUUUAUUAUGCGAAUCUCUAUUAUUUUAUGAUAUUUAUUGCAAAAGACUGUUGAAAUAUACUCAUGUCUGAUUAUAACAUAUCACUACUUCCUGAAAAACAAGGUGACUCGAAGAAAGUACAUAAAGUACAUAUAUGUUAACUACAAUGCAGAAAAUAUAUCAAUUAAUGAAACUGU